AUGUCUACUUGCUCAGAGGCCGGUGAAACAUGCGGUCGACGAUAUGCCUCUGAUGCGACGCUGCUGCUGGUGGGAUUCUUUGGGGCUGGCAAGAAGACGCUGGGCAUCAUCGCCUCAGUCGCUCUGCGUCGACGCUUUAUUGACUUUGGCGCCUUCUUUCAACAAGAGCUUCACUCCUUGCCCCAGGAAUACGUUGCAGAACAUGGGCUAGCACGAUAUCGCGAAGUCGAACUCGAAUUGACCCGGGAUUUGUUCAUGAAAUGCAGCAAAGGGUGCGUGAUUGUCGGCUUGGGAUGGAUGGCCAGUCGCUCGCAACAGAUGCUGUUACGAGAAUUCGCCAGAGAACACCCCGUCGUCUAUGUGAGACGAGACAAAGCAGACCUUCGACAGCUGCUUACCACCAGUCAGGACAAGUUCGACCGAAUUUUCGACGUGGGCAAUACAUUCUUCGAGGCGUGCUCCAACUUCGAUUUCUUCAACCGCACGCAGGAGGCGACAGACCCCGCGUACUUGAAGCUGAAAGAGACCGAGCGCAUCUUUGUGCGAUUUCUGCACCACAUAUUUGGCCGUGUUCAUCGGCCCCUCGCUUCUGCGGAGCCAUUCUCUGCAUCACAUACAUAUGCCCUACAAGUACCAGUAACUUGGCUCGAGUUUUCUGAGGAUUACGAGGCACUAGAGACGGGAGCAGAUGUGAUCAAUCUUAUUCUCGAUCUGGAAGUGCUUCCCAAAGAUGGACUGGCAGAUAGAAUUGCACGGCACAUGGCCACGAUUAGGAAACAUGCUCGAGCUCCGAUCCUCGUCGAAGUCAGUGUUUCCCCGACAGACUCUAGAUACCAUGAACUACUGGAAAUGCUUCUUCGACUGGCACCAGAUGCUCUUAGUUGCUCUCUUUCCGCUGGCGAUGACUUCAUUCAAAAGCUGAAUGCUAUCAAAGGUCAUACCAAGACCAUGGCCAUUACUCACCAACCGACACCGUUGACGGGAAAUUGUACAUCUCGGGGUCUCUCUAUCCUCCAAAAGACACAGGAUCUAGGCUUCGAAGCUCUUCGAAUUACGGGAGAGUCAAAGUCCCUUGGAGACAAUCUUCCUUGUGUGUCUUUUCUUCAAAGUCUGACCGAGGUCUCCACAAUCCCAGUCAUUGCGUAUAACACUGGACCACUAGGAUAUAACUCCGUCUGUUUGAAUCCCAUCUUGUCGCCUGCAGUACUUCCUUAUAUGGAAUCUUCAGGGAUCACGGUAAAGCAAGCACAACAAGCUAUGACAUCCUGCUUUCUCGUCACUAAGAGGAUAUUAUUCACCAUCAUUGGCCAAAAUGUAACUCAUACCCUGUCUCCACCCAUGCAUAAUGCCGCCUAUGCUGCGUGUGGCCUGCCAUACGUACACGGCGUCUUGAAAACAGAGGAUAUAUCUGAUUUUCACCGUCUACUAGGGGACGAAAAACAUGGUGGCCUGGCUGUUUCACUUCCCUACAAAACUGCAGUUUUGCCUUUUCUCGACGAAAUCAGCCCAGACGCCAAGGAUAUCCAUGCCAUCAACACAGUACUCGUCGAGCAGAGUCAAAAAAACGGAGCCACCAUCUUGAAAGGAUACAAUACCGACUAUAUUGGAAUUAAAGACGGCAUCGAAAAGAAUCUCUCUCCAGCAAAUGCCAUCCGCGAUGGAACAACAGCUUUGGUUGUCGGGGCGGGAGGAAUGGCUCACGCAGCUAUAUAUGCCUGCUACCAGUUGGGAGUUCAUCGUAUCUGCGUCUAUAAUCGCACGCUCGAGAAUGCACACAAGAUUGCCAAAUACUAUAAUGAAUGGGCCGAAUCAAAACAUGAAACGAAUUUACAUGUUUUUGUACUCGGUUCGAAGGAAGAUCCCUGGCCGGCACAGCUUCGCUUGCCAACCAUUGUCAUCGCUUGCAUUCCUACUCUCCAAGUAGGCACGGAAUUGCCUGUGACAUUCACCCUACCUGAGCACUGGCUACAAAGCAAAACGGGCGGAGUUUUCGUAGAGUCUGCUUAUGGGCUACCAGAAACACCAAUUAUGAAGAUGAUGCGCCAGAGAACAUCCAAAGGUUGGGUAGUUGUUUCUGGACUGACUGUGUUAAUUGAGCAGGGCAUCGCCCAGUAUGAGCUUUUCACUAAACGACCGGCCCCAGUGCAUGUUAUGAAACGUGCUCUUGAGGCAGCUCAUCUUGCCUCUGCUUCUAAUAUGAGAUAA